GGAUUGAGCAAUCAUGCUUGACUCAAAGGUCGCUGCAACGUUACUCCUGCUCUUCUGCUCAUCGCUUCUGCCCCAGCUCUGGCUUGUUCUAUUUCCACCUUGCAAACUCCCCUGCUUUCACUACUGCCUGCGUAUUGACGUAUCGAGACCGUCAACAUGGCCACUCUUGACGAUCUCAAGCCCUCAGAGAUUGAAGUUAGGGAGUACCCAUUGGAGCGAAUCUUGGCUUCGCGGACUAUAAAUGGAGCAACAUACUACCUUGCGAAAUGGGAGGGGUACCAGAAUGAAGAUUGUACCUGGGAGCCUAGGGAGAAUUUCAACGAUGAGACUCUGGCCGAGUGGCAACUGCAAUGGGCCAACGGUGACCACCUCGACGAAGCCGAAGUUGCGGAAGUAGAGGCCAAGAUGAAGGCAUAUAAGAUACAGAAAAAGGCCAAAAAAGCAAAAAGGGCAAAAAGGGCAAAUAGGGCCAAAAAGGCCAAAAAGGCAAGGCAUCUAUCUUCGGAAGACAGCCCUUCAGACAAUGAUAAUAUUCUGGACUCCACAAUAGACUCCGCUGUGAGAAGAGUCCCUUCAUCGCAGCACACUUCGACAGAACGACAAAAGUCAUCAACACGAUCAGAUGAGUUCUCAGUGGAGCAACACCAGCUGCAGACAACUACGCAAGCGACGACCCAGCAGACAUCGGGAAAGCUUAGUACACAAGCCUCCUUAUCUCGUAUCCCGACGUUUGGUUCCAAGAAGGGUAUAGCAAGCAGGAUUCCCAAACAAGGCUCCGGCAAGGUAUUGUUGAUCAACACCAAGAGAGACCAUUUCGAUAUUGGUGACCGUUUCCAUACUUUGAGGCACAUGAACAACUACCAGAAGCAUGCUAGGCGCGAAGCAACUCCAGAUAUAUCGAAACUUGAACUUAGAGCGCCCAUCGAAUUUGAAUUACCAAAGGUCAAGGAUGAUCAGUACCAGGACAAGCCACUCGAUGCAUGCGAUGAAUCGCCUCUUUUCGUGCCUGAGACAUCUUUGGAGCAGACGGUGAAUACUGGCGCGGACAAUGAUCUCCUCCAUGCUCCUUCGGCACAUUUGGCAGGAGUCACCUGUCCGCAGGCCCCAAGCACGCCACCGGUCCUGGCGACGACUGUCGUUCGGAAUAUCCCUCCAGAGCACCCCACCUCGAGACCAACGUGCCCAACUAUGGUGCUCAAUACAGACCGGCCAACCCCUAUGGCGCUAACGCAUGGCCCGCAAAGUCCUCCUCGCGAAAUUGUUAAGGAUAGAGCGGAUAGUUCUACUCGGACGCAGCCACCUAGCUCCGUUCCUUCUAUUAUAGCUGGCCGGGACGAGCUCACCUCGUUUCAAACUUCAGCCACUGAUGAGGUCACUGAAAAUGGGCCCGUGGCUGCUGAUGUUACACCUCAUUCCGCGGAAUCUCAUUCUCGCACGUCGGUGCCCGAGAUAACAAAACAGAAACCCAACUUCUCCAGAACUGUUUCGCAACCGUCCACUUUCAUCACGAAUAUAGCAUCGAUCGCAAGACGAGAAAACGCCACGCCUUCAAGGCGGCGUUCUGAUGCCGCAGAGAGCGAUGCUCAACCUUUAUCUAUUCCAGCUCGCGUAUCGUCGAUGCCAGUGCGAAAUGGACAAAAUAUGAAGACAGCCACUGUCAGAGAUGGGCGGAGUCAGCAGGGGGAAGAGCUAGUUUUUAUUCUGCGCUAUGGCAGUCACUCUGUCGGGCGCCUCAAGGUCCUCCGUUUCCCAAGCUGGCUCGUCGCUAAAUUCGUAGCUGCCAAGCAGGGGCAUGAUGUGGUGAUUCACUUUCAAGAGCAAUGUGUGAUGAACAAAGCCAAGUUCGUCUCUUUUAGAACAAAUCUAACAACUCAAAUUGGCCUGGGUUUGAUCCAGCCGUAUGAAGACACGGAAUCUAGCACUGCGAGUUUGGCAGAGCACCUAGAGACACAAGAUGUUUGCGCUGUCUGGGAGUUUCCUGGAUCUACCACGCCCGGGUUUGUGGUAGUCUUGUACUCAUGCAGAGCGCCCUCGUGGAAGUUCCUCGGAUCGAUACCAGUGCCAGGGUUGGUUUCCCGACUCCAUCUCCUCGUUAGGAACGAGAACCAUGACGUGAACCUGGCGACUUGGGUAUUGUCCCAGGAUAAAGAUGUCAACCCCCGACCCGUAGCUGCGGCUUCACUUCCGACAUCUUCCUGCAGACUUCCUCCCCUAAAAGCACAAGCCGUUGCAACGACACGGCGAGAUACGGAGGACUCCAACCUCACUGUAGAAACGUCCGGCACCUUAGUCCGUGCUAGGUCCCCUUAUUUCGGUGAACGUUCACCAAGGUCGCUUCGAACGCCUCAAAGCCCGGGCCAGCCUCGACAGGACUCGCACGAUGGGAUGGUGAGCAAAUCAGACACAAGGGCAGCAGCACCGGCGGUAUCGUUUUCCGCAAACUUCAAGGACCUUGGGAAUAUGGGCGACCGUGAGGUCAGGAAGAAGAAGAUCUUUUACAUUGCCUUUGCAAAGUCUCAUCCUGCCGAAGCGCGCGCGGUCGAAGAGUGGCUUCUCGUGCACGAUGUCCGGAAGCGAGCCAUCUUCCUCGACGAUGAGAAAGAGGCGUGGUCGGACUUCCGGACGGAGCUUUCCUCGAAGUCGGGUAUCGUGCUGUUCCGACGAGGGUCUCCCGUCUACUACACCAUGAAGAAUCUCGCUUCCCAUCUGUCCAGAGGUCUUGUCGGUUUUAACGCCUCCCUUUCCGGGGCCGACGAGUGUACGGACGGUGGCGGCGGCGGUGGCGGCGGUAACGUCGCUCUAAACAGGAUCUUCACACGAGGCACGGUCGUGUUCAUCACCGAGAGCAGCUUGCUAGACUUUCCCGCGGAAGUGCUGGUCAUGAUGAAAUGGUUCGAGAAAAAGGGGAGUGGCAAGGUGCAGACGCACAAGAUGGGACUCGUGCCGGACGCGCGGGAAUGGAUCCUCCGACGCCUGCUCGAGCCUGAACGUGGGGCAAAGGAGAAAGAGGCCGGGGAAGAGGAAGAUGACGACGAGGCCGAGAAAUCGACACAAGACCAGUAUCUCGGCAUCCUCGAGGUGCUGCAGCGACUCGACACGCAGGCUCACGCGAACCUCGACGCCGCGACCAAGGACGAUCCGGAUUGGUGGCUCGCGGCCGAAGAGCCGGGUGAAGAGCAUGGUUUCAUGGUCUCGGUCCCUUGUGACCUCCCUGGGUACAAUGACGACGACGACGACGACCGUGGUGACCACAACCCCGACCACGACCAACCUGAUGGUGCGGACGAUACAGAGCCUCCCCCUCCUCGUCGUCCAUUAUCAAUGGCAGCUAGUCGCGUGCAGGCGCGCGACGAGAUCCUGGUGCAGUAUUUCGUCGGGUGGGCCGCGAUGCACGUCGAACACUACAGGGACUUUUCCCUUGUCGAUGAAGAGUGGACCAACGAUAACGUCAAGAAUUCUUGCCACAUCUAUUUCUGCACACCCGCCAAGUUUGUCGAGAUGAUUGACAAGCCUGAAAAGCAGGCCCCGUCGAGAAAAGGUCCUUCUGGCUAGUUAGCCAGACAGACAGACUUGUCCACACACACACACACACACACACACACACACACACACACACAUGGUGGAUCUGUAGUCUUUGAG